UAUUCCGUAAGAUACGGAAUAUUUCAAUUUCUACAAACUUCCGGUAAAAAUGGAAGCGAUAUCGACAGAAUUGUGGAGAAAUGGACCUCAACCAGGGUGCUUCUACAAUUUUCCAGGGGGAAAAUUAAACAGUAAGGAUGAGCCCAUCAAAAGAACGUUGUACCCAACAGUUACAGGAACAUCAGUUCUGGGUAUAAAAUUUAAUGGUGGUGUUGUGAUAGCUGCAGAUAAAUUAGGGUCAUAUGGAUCUAUGGCUAGAUUUAGAGAUCUUUCAAGAAUUUUGAAGGUAAAUGACUCAUGUGUUGUAGGAGCUAGUGGAGACUAUGCUGACUACCAAUUCUUAUCAGAAAUUAUUGAACAAAGAGUAAUAGACGAGGAAUGUUUGAACGAUGGGUUUGGGUAUACACCGUCCAGCUUAUUCUCCUGGUUGACACGAGUCAUGUACAACAGAAGAUCUAACAUCAAUCCACUGUGGAACACUUACGUUGUGGCUGGCUGGCACGAUGAAGAGCCAUUUCUCGGUUACGUAGAUAAGAUAGGUACAGCGUACCAGGCACCUUCAGUAUCCACGGGUUAUGGAGCAUAUAUCGCUCAGCCAUUACUCCGUGAUGCAUUAGAGAAGAGACCGAACAUGGAUGCUAAACAAGCUGUAGAAACUAUUGAUAAAUGUAUGAGAGUGUUGUACUACAGAGAUGCUAGGUCAUUAAAUAAGUAUGAGAUUGCUAUAGUAACAAAAGAUGGUGUAGAAAUCAGGACCCCAGUUGCCUCACAACCUAACUGGGAAAUAGCUCAUUUAAUCAAGGGAUAUGAAUAAACUUUCAACAGCAAUCUCACAUUCACUAUUUAUCAUUAAUUUGUUGGACCAUUUACUUUUGUGACGGACUACUUUCUUGGUCGGACUACUUUCUUUGUACGGACUACUUUCUUGGCGGCUGUUUCCUGCUCCGGAACUAUUUUUUCGGAUUUUAUUACAUAUUAGUGCUAUAAAGGAAAAAAGAAUAUAUGUAAUUUAUCUAUGAAAGAGCUGUGUUCUUUUACAGUAAAGCUAUGGCGUAUAUUUUGAAGUUCUGGUAAAUAAAAACAAAAACAAAUAAAAAGACAUAUUGAAAUAACUGUGUUAAAGUAAGAUUAAAUUGGGUACGAAAACAAUUUCAUGCACAGACACUGUAUUUACUUUUACUUUCUUCGAACAAGUAUUUGUUGUUAAUUAAUAUGAUACUGAUUUGUAAGACAAAUACAGAAUUAAGAUAUGUCUGUUGUACACUUCUAUAUUAACUGAUAUUACAUUGAGUAAACAUUGCUCCAUGAAUUGUGAUGUUCAAUUUCACCCAUUCAUUCAUUUUGUAUGUGAUGUAAAAAUAAAGUGCUAAAUUAAACUCA